GUUAGUUUUCUUUUGGCAGUUUUCGAGGGAGACCUCCCUGCUUUCACUUCACUCCUCAUUUCUUUUGUUUGAUUUGCUCCGACUUGUGGGCUUGUGGGCACCAUGGCAUCGUCGUCGAAGAGCAAUGAAGUAGUGGAUUUGCGGUCUCCUCCACGUCCAGCAAAAGCGAUACGAAUUGACGAUGAUGGAGCAAUUUUGCUGGACGACGACCACGAAGAUGGUGCUCCAGACCGCAAACGGCCAUCCUCCAACUCCAACGAAGACAGCAACAAGCGCAGCAAAGCGACCUCAAAUGGAGCGGCGGUCAGAGGAUUGACCGGCUCUCGUAUUUUGUCGACCUUGUCCAACAACACCGAUCGCGUUUCCUCGAACUCGACUACAACAACCACAGCAGCCGUCAAGAACAGCGCUGUCAUUGCGCAGAAUCCAGCACGUGCCUAUCGACCCAAUGUUGCCCUGCCAGCAGCUACAGCAAAGAAAACGAGUGACGAUGACGACGAGGAAAUCUGCCUUGUGGGAACCAAAGGCACCAACGUCCUCACUGAUUUCCCCCACUCGAGAGAGCACUGCGUUCUUCAACCAAUGGGCAGUGGCGACCACGAGAAGCACUGUCCCAAGUGCUACUGCUACUGUUGCGAUGCUCCAGUCGUCCAGUGUAGGCUGUGGAGCUCUCACUGUCACGCCACACACAAAGGUGUGACCUGGCAGCGCGAACGCGAACGAGUCAGACUUGCCGGAGGACCCGACAAGGUUCAGCCAGAAACAAGACAGGCGCCUCAACAGGCCGUCGCAAGGGCCCCAGUGCCGGCUGCAGUCGCGAGAGUGCCAACAACGACGGGAACAACAACAUCAACAACAAAUUCUUCCUUCUUUUCCGACCAAAAUCUGCAGCUCUACAGCAACCGGAACGAUCCAUCGGAGUUCUCGGUGCAGGAGUUGCUCAAGCAAGUUGCCAGCGUUUAUCCUCGUGAGGUCUCGACUCCAAUGACCAUCCAGACUCCUUUGAAACACUACCAGCGGCAAAGUCUGGCCAUGAUGUUGGACGUGGAAAAUUCCACCGACGCGGCUCUUGCAGGAUCGGACGAGACCGGUAUCGGUCGCCACCGGUAUCAUACACGCGGUGGCUGGUUGGCAUCUGAAGUAGGAAUGGGAAAGACGUUGAUGAUCAUUGCCUUGGUUGCGUCGGACCGCGGUCGAAUUUUGGCCCCGUUGGAACUGAAUCGCAACAACAUGGCCUUGAGUUCCAGCUGCACCCGAGUGAAGGCUACUUUGAUCGUUACCAGUGUAUCUCUCCUCGGCCAAUGGGAGGACGAAGUUUUGAAGCAUGCACCAGGCCUCGUAUGCUACCGUUUCCACAACAGCAGUCGGAGCAGCCAUGGUUUCGACCUCCCCACGUCCCCAGGACGAGAACUGGUAGCGAGGGCAGACAUUAUCAUCACAGCCUCGACUUCUUCGAUCUCUAAGGCUCUCAAGCAGCAAUACGAGUUCCAGCGUAUUGUAAUCGACGAAAGCCAUCUCCCUGCUCCGUCGAUCUCGUUUCGCCAUGUCAAAGGCGUGGUCGCUCAACGACGAUGGUGUGUGACGGCAACUCCUUGCGUUUCUUCUCUGAGUGAGCUCGAUGCUCAAAUUGACUUUAUCGGACUCGGCGGAGAUUUCAAAGAGCUCAAGCGAAUCAAGCUAUCCCGAAAACUUUACUUUUUUGCAGCUGUUGACACUUUGAAGAGUGUGAUGACCCGACAUUUCAAGGAGAUGAAUAUGAACGACGGAUCCGAGGCUCUUUCGCUCCCCGGCAGCACCUCCAGAACUGUCAUCCUCCAAAUGAGCGUCGAGGAAAGGCAGCAAUACAACAUGCAAAAGGCAGACAUAAGCCGCUCCUUCUUGCGGGACCAAACAAAGUUUUCAACUACCACAUUCCGUCUUCGAGUCGCCGACGUUCUUCUCAGCCUUCCGGCGAAAACAAAAUGCCAAGCUUUGCUCAGUGACAUUCAACGUGUUCGCCAACGUGACGCGAACCUGCGGGUCGUCGUCUUCACGCAAUACACAGAGUCACACAAAACAAUCAUCAAAACAUUGCGCCGUGGUGGCAUUGAUACACUCGAAUUUUCAGGAUCGACAAAAGCUGAUCGGCGAGACAAGGCAAUCCGAGAAUUUCAAUCUACUGGACCCGGUGUCAAAGCUUUUGUGAUCACAACACGUGCAGGCAGUGUCGGUAUGACCCUGACUGCGGCCAAAAGAGUGUACCUGAUGGAACCUAGCAUCAACCCGGCAACUGAAAUCCAAGCAGCGGGCCGAAUCAAUCGCCUUGGGCAGACAUCCAAAGUGACCGUAACAAAGUUUGCGUUUUCAGAUUCAUUGGAGACUAACAUAAUCGAUCUCCACCAGAAAGUAUCGCGAGGGGAAGCAUCCUUGUCGGAUACACAUAUUCCAAAGGCCAGCAUGCAUAUUCUGAUCUCUGGGCUGUACUAAGGCCAACUGGUAAUUAAAGUACAGUGGUACUGGUACCUGCACACAUUCUUCUCAGAAAAUCAGGAAGGGAAGGACGGUACGAAAAAAGUAACAAAAAACAUUACUACAGAUCCCAGCACAACUGACCAAAAACCCACGAACCACUUUUUUAACCCUCAGUUUGAGGUUUUUUUCUUGUUCUCGUAGCUUUUAUGUACAACAACUACUAGUAAGAACAUUGAACAGACCACCCAAAAAUCGAGAACUUGCCACAUGUACGGUAGCGAAGAGGCACGAAUGACAGAGCUUAAAAAAAGCUGUUAGAAUCCUCGUAGGAGUUUGUACUGCACCUACACAGAACAAGUUUUUUUUGUUGGGAAACGAGGGUUUUUGGUCAGUUGUUCUGGGAUCUGUAGUACACUACGACCUACCAUAGUGACCAUAGUAAAUUGCAGUAGUCUACCC